AUGAUGGCUACGCAGACAGAAUCCAAAGCGCCCCCAGAAAUCACUAUCAUCUCUCGCGUCGCCUCCAUCCCGCUCAUCGAGGACACACUCGGCGCCAUACACACCACCCUCACCAACAACACGUACACCCGCCAGACGUACACCACCGCCCAGGGUGUCUCCAAGUAUGCACUUAGCUACGCUGAGCCCCUGCAGAAGACCUUCUCCCCUUUGAUUGUGCGCGCAGACGGCUUGGCAAACAAGACCCUUGACGCGGUCGAGUCGCGGUACCCGUACCCAUUCAAGACGCACGCCGGCGACCUGGUCAAAGACCUCCGUGGGAAGAGCGACGAGGCAUACAACGUCGCCAACAAGACCAUCGACGAGCGCGUCAAGACGCCAGCGUACAACGUUGCUCAGGGUAUCGAUCAGCGCAUCGCCCCUAUCGUGGACUACUUCGAGGUUGCUGUUAACAAGAUAUCACCUAACGGCACUCCGACGGAACAUCAGUCGUCGGAAACGCAGUUCCAGUACCAGCGUGCACUUGCGAUAUCUAAGGACCUCGGCGGCCACCUCUACGUCUAUUCUACCGAGCACAUCAACCAGCUCAAGGAGCAGAAUGCGCUAGUGCAGCGUGCGGCGGAGACUGCGCAUAAUAUCAGCGUAGUAGCGACAUCGAGCCUCGGUGCGGCCCACGCUCGGGUGCACACACUCAGUGACACCAUGCUCGUGGAGCUCCAAAAGAUUCAGACGUCGACUUCACAGCUCCCAUCCACCUUUCAGACUUCCUUCCACGACAUCUCCACCCAUCUCGCAGCAAUCAUCAACGACCUUACCGCAAUCCUCACCUCGCAGGACCCCGUUCAGGAGAAGGUACACAAGGUGCGAGAUACUGUCCAGGAGGGCGUGCAACCUCUCCUCGAGGCGGCUACGACGCGUGUCCAGGAGAUCCUCGGUGCAAUAAAGGCGGGGACAGCAGAGAAGGCCAACGGAUCGGGGUCGAACGGAUCAGCUGCAGUGAACGGUAAUGGCCAUGCGUAA